CAUGUCCUCUGUUAUACAGGGGAGAAGGUGCUCCUCCGCAGUCUGUCAGACUGAGGGACUCUUAACGGAGGAGGGUAGACUAAGGACAGGGCAGCCCGGCGCUUUAAAGAUGGAGAGAGCGGAUGAUGACGGUGUCCUCCGGGCUCGCUGCAGAACACCACAGACCCCCACCUCCCCGGACCUGGACAGCUCCUUCAGCUCCCUGGACGGGGACAGUAAUCCAGAACGACACCAGCAGGGCAAUGGAGUCAGCCACGUUACCAGUAAUGGCAAGAUUGAAGUGGAGCAUGUGAUCAGCAAAAAGCUGCAACUGAAGAGGAAGGCAGAGCACCUGAAGAGCGACCUGAUGCAUCAGUUCGACAGCCAUGUGAACGACUUCAUGGACAGUCUGAUCGAGGAGUCGUCCAGCCUGGAGUCUGCUCCUCUUCCCGCCUCCUUCUCCCCCCCACUGUCAGACAAGGAGAGGAGCAAACUCAGGUAUUUCCGGCCUCCUCAUGGUGAGGGGAAGCAGUUCGUCAGUCGCAGGUCGCUCUUAGACGAGCUGUUUGAGGUGAACCACAUCAGGACGAUCUACCACAUGUUCAUCGCGCUGCUCAUCCUCUUCAUCCUCAGCACCCUGGUGUUAGAUUUCAUAGAUGAAGGCAGACUGGUGCUGCACUUCGACCUGCUGGUGUACGCGUUCGGACAGCUCCCCCUGGUGGUGUGCACGUGGAUCUGCAUGUUCCUGUCUGUGCUGAUGGUUCCCUACAGCCUGUUCCACCUGUGGUCUCAGACCCAGUCGGGGUCACACCGUCACCCCGGGCUGUGCAGUGUGCUCUUCGGCUCUGUGUUCCUGCUCUUCCAGGCUCUGGGGGUGGGCUUCCUGCCGACGUAUGUGGUGCUGACCCACAGCUUACCCCCCGCGUCCUGCUUCAUCGUCAUCCUGGAGCAGGUGCGUCUGAUGAUGAAAGCCCACUCCUUUGUCCGGGAGAACGUACCAAGAGUCCUGACCUGGGCUAAAGAAAAAAACAGCCCCGGCCCUGUGGUCCCUCAGGUCUCUCAGUACCUCUACUUCCUGUUUGCCCCCACACUCGUCUACAGAGACAAAUACCCCAGGAACCCGGUGAUCAGAUGGAGCUACGUGGCCUCAAAGUUUCUUCAGGUGCUGGGCUGUCUGUUUUAUGCAUACUACGUGUUCGUGCGGCUCUGCAUCCCUCAGUUCCGCAGCAGCAGCCUGCAGCUGUUCGACCUCAGAGCCAUGGUGCUGUGCGUCUUCAACUCCAUCCUGCCAGGAGUGCUGGUUCUCUUCCUGGGCUUCUUCGCCUUCCUGCACUGCUGGCUCAAUGCUUUCGCUGAGAUGCUCUGCUUUGCUGACAGGAUGUUUUAUAAGGAUUGGUGGAACUCGACCUCUUUUGCUAACUACUACCGCACCUGGAACGUCGUGGUGCAUGACUGGCUGUACUACUAUGUGUACCGGGACAUCCUGUGGAUGUCUCGGAAGCGCUUCAGACCAGCAGCCAUGUUGUUUGUGUUCACGGUGUCUGCUGUUGUGCACGAGUACAUCCUGGCUAUCUGCUUUGGGUUCUUCUACCCCGUCCUCUUCUGCCUCUUCAUGUGCUUCGGAAUGAUGUUCAACUUCAUCCUGCACGACCGGAGGAAAGGUCCCAUCUGGAACGUCAUCAUGUGGACGUCCCUGUUCCUGGGUCAGGGGGUCAUCAUAUGUCUGUACUCUCAGGAGUGGUACGCCCAGCAGUACUGCCCCCUGAAGGAGCCUUCAUUCUUGGAGUUGGUGAAGCCUCGUUCGUGGAGCUGUCACAGAGGCGUGAUGCUGGACACUGAUCAGCUGUGAUCCACGUCUCCCCAGCUGAAGAUCCUCCCUGCCUCUUACUGUCAUAGCGUCUGCUCUCUCUAGUUUGUUUUAAUUAAUUGCACUAAGGUCAUGUGUAUGAAUUUAGGAAGAGAUCCAAUAAUGUGCCAAAAUGUUCUUUCCUCCAGCAGCAGAGUCACAGUGAUGCCUUAUUGACCCGUUUUAUGUCUUCAAAAUCAAUCCCAACUCACUGACAAGAUCACAUCCGUUUAUGUUUCUGAUGCAUUUCCAUUACGCUUGCCUCGAUUUACUGUGAAUCUACUCCUUGUGCCAAUACGAUACGAUGGCUAACAGGACACGGCAGCAGAAAUACAAACACAUGAGACAAACAUCACUCACAUGUGCAGUAAUGGUUCAUAUUUUACAGUAUGCAAUUACUACUGUAUGCUAGAUAAUGUUAUUUAUUUUCACUGCCAAUAAGAUUUAUUUUGGAAGGAAUCGUCGCUGUUCUGGUGUUUUGUAUAAAAUUAUGCAGCCUCAGUUUAAAGCCUCAAGAUUGCAGUCGAUUCAAGAGGAAAAUGAAGGGUUGGGACAUGAUUUUAUAGUGAAUCCAAACCUUAAUGGAGAUGGAAACUGUGCUGAAUGAAGUUAUUUAGUCUGACAGAUGAAUGUAUUUGUAAUCAUCCCAAUAUGUUAUUGAAAUGGUUUGAAGAUGCAUUUAGCUUCAGAGAUGAUUCACCUUUAAUCUCAAUGAUGACCGAAGCAUUUACUACUGCAAGUGAACUUAAAUAUUAAGGAUAUUUGCACUCAGGGCUGCAGAUUGUAUUGUCAGAUAUUCAACACAUGCAUAUAAGAUCAUUAGUAUACUUUGUCCUUUCCAUGUCAAACUAAUGGAAGAAGCAAUGUAUGUUCUCCUCAGUUCAUGCAGUCUCGAGAUGUGUUUCACAUUCAUUUUGAGUACAUUUCAAAGGCAUUGCACAGUUAAUGUCACUGAAACACUGACAUGUAUCAUAGAGGCUGAAUGAAAAUGUAUUGUGAAUAAUGAGAUGCACAAUCAGAACCAGCAACGGAGAACUCUGCACUUUCAGAAACAGUGGGACCACCAGGUGGCGAUGUUAAGCCGUACUCUGAGGCUGCCCCAGGGUCCUUUACAAAUAAUAUAUGAACAACUACCAGCAUAAAUAUGUACAGAAUAUAAGCAGAAUUUUUGGAUUACUGCACUGCUAAUGAACUCCUGAGAAGUCCCUUUGUCUGGCUUUUGAAAUUGAGAUUCAGGAAAAUAUUGAGAGUCAUUAAAAGAGCCAACCUGCAGAAAAGCUGUCCAUUGAAAUGAUGUAUUUAUUGUUCUGAUAACUUACUGUCAUGUUUGUGCUCAUUGUUAACUCAAAGUGUCAGUUUGAUGAAUGUCUGACACAUUUUGUAAAGACCAAUCAAAGUAUAAGCACUCAAGAAUAAAAACAGUAUAUGGCCUUUA